GAACAAAUAUGAAAAAAAUCAAAUCACAUGAAUUUGGCACCAAAAUUUAAUUCCAUGUCACCAAAAUUUCGACUUCAUACAUUCAAAGGUUAUGGGAAAUAGUAUCCGGAAGGCUACCGACAUAAACGAUGGGUUUAAUAGUACAACAGGUGUAAUUUCCGCAAAAUUACAGCAUUUCAUGGAUGAUACAGGCCAGUUUAAUGAUGCUCUAUUAAGUCACAAUGCUUCUUUACUUAACCCAACUUUGCUUAUGGAAGAUGAUGUUUGCAGUAUAACCAUUGAGUCGGUAUAUGUUUUAAAAAAUUCUCUGUACAAUCCAGUUAUCAAUCAGAAUCCCAUGAAUAUAGAGAAUACGACUAGAAAAAUUCAAGUAAUUAAGAAAAUGUUCACUGACGAAGAAGAGUUUGCUCGUUCACUUUAGACUUAGUUCAUAAGUAAAGAUCUGGAUUUUACUAAUCAUAGACAUUCUGUGGUGUACACAAGAGUUUGAUCUCAUUUGAUCAAAUUUAUUCUGUCCAUUCGGUCAGAAAGGACCGAAAGCAACGAUGAACGGAAAUUAAAGAUUUUUCACAGAAAAUAUGUGGUUUAUUUCUGGGAUUCUCUUAAUAGCAUUUUGCUGAUCAGUAUUUGACCAACAUUCUCUGAAGUUGAUUACUAUCUGUAAUACUAUCUGUGAUGAGUGUAAUAUCUAAGACCUUUUAAAACAUCAAGGACAAGCGCGCACUUAUGGAACAAUUAAUAGUCGCUAGGGUAAUUCUGUUGUAGUGCAUAUUUUUGCGUAAUGGUAAA